GCGAUGGGAGAGAGGGUCGAGAGUGGGGGUCAGAGUGGGGCCAGAGAGGCACGGAUGAGGAGGAGGAGGAGGAGGAGGAGGAGGAGGAGGAGGAGGAGGAGGAGGAGGAGGAGGAGGAGGAGGAGGAGGAGGAGGAGGAGGAGGAGGAGGAGGAGGAGGAGGAGGAGGAGGAGGAGGAGGAGGAGGAGCCGCAUGCUGCUGAUGAUGCUGCUGCUGCUGCUGCUGCUGAUGCUGCUGCUGGCGCUGCUGGUGGUGCUGCUGGUGCUGUUGCUGCUGCUGGCGCUGCUGGUGGUGCUGAAGAUGGCGGUGGUGGUGCUGGUGGUGGUGAUGCGGGUGCUGGUGGUGACACUGCUGCUUCUGCUGCUGCUGCUGCUGCUGAGUGAGGAGAGGAGGACGGGAGGGAGCGGGAGGCGGGGGGGUGGCGAGGGUGGGUGAGGCGGGGUGAGGGGGCUCCC